GGCGGCGGCGCUCAGGCGCGGUCCGGGGCUCAGCUCGGUCUGGUCAUGGAGGCGUCCGCCGCCCACCUGCUCCUGCUCCCGCUCUUGCUGCUCGGGGCCUGGGCCCCGGCGCCGGGCGGCGCCUCCCCGGAGGCACCGCCGUUGGUCAACGAGGACGUGAAGCGCACGGUGGAUCUGAGCAGCCACCUGGCCAAGGUGACGGCCGAGGUGGUCCUGGCGCACCCGGGCGGCGGCUCCGCGCCCCGGGCCACCUCCUUCCUUCUGGCCCUGGAGCCCGAGCUCGAGGCCCGGCUGGCGCACCUCGGCGUGCAGGUGAAGGGAGAAGAUGAGGAAGAGAACAAUCUUGAAGUACGAGAAACCAAAAUUAAGGGUAAAAGUGGGAGAUUCUUCACAGUCAAGCUCCCAGUUGCUCUCGAUCCGGGGGCCAAGAUUUCGGUCAUUGUGGAAACAGUCUAUACCCAUGUGCUUCAGCCGUAUCCAACCCAGAUCACCCAAUCUGAAAAACAGUUUGUGGUGUUUGAGGGGAACCAUUAUUUCUACUCUCCCUAUGCAACGAAGACGCAAACGAUGCGGGUGAAGCUUGCCUCCCGAAAUGUGGAGACCUUUACCAAGUUGGGGAACCCCACACGCUCUGAGGACCUCCUGGAUUACGGACCUUUCAAAGACGUCCCUGCCUAUAGUCAGGAUACUUUCAAAGUACAUUAUGAGAACAAUAGCCCUUUCCUGACUAUCACCAGCAUGACCCGGGUCAUUGAGGUCUCUCACUGGGGUAAUAUUGCUGUGGAAGAAAAUGUGGACUUGAAGCACACGGGGGCUGUGCUUAAGGGGCCUUUUUCACGCUAUGAUUACCAGAGACAGCCAGACAGUGGAAUAUCCUCCAUCCGUUCUUUUAAGACCAUCCUCCCUGCUGCCGCCCAGGAUGUUUAUUACCGGGAUGAGAUUGGCAAUGUUUCCACCAGCCACCUCCUUAUUUUGGAUGACUCCGUAGAGAUGGAAAUUCGGCCUCGCUUCCCUCUUUUUGGAGGGUGGAAGACCCAUUACAUUGUUGGCUACAACCUCCCAAGCUAUGAAUACCUCUAUAAUUUGGGUGACCAGUAUGCACUGAAGAUGAGGUUUGUGGACCACGUGUUUGAUGAGCAAGUGAUAGAUUCUCUGACCGUGAAGAUCAUCUUGCCUGAAGGGGCCAAGAACAUCCAAGUCGACAGUCCCUAUGAAAUCGGCCGGGCCCCAGAUGAACUCCAUUACACCUACCUGGACACAUUUGGCCGCCCUGUGAUUGUUGCCUAUAAGAAAAAUCUGGUAGAACAGCACAUUCAGGACAUUGUGGUCCACUACACAUUCAACAAGGUGCUCAUGCUGCAGGAGCCCCUGCUGGUGGUGGCUGCUUUUUACAUCUUGUUCUUCACCGUCAUCAUCUAUGUCAGGCUGGACUUUUCCAUCACAAAGGAUCCGGCCGCGGAAGCCAGGAUGAAGGUGGCCUGCAUCACAGAGCAGGUCUUGACCCUGGUCAACAAGAGAAUAGGUCUCUAUCGUCACUUUGAUGAGACUGUCAAUAGGUACAAGCAGUCCCGGGACGUGUCCACCCUCAAUAGUGGCAAGAAGAGCCUGGAGACGGAACACAAGGCCUUGACAAGUGAGAUUGCAUUAUUGCAGUCCAGGCUGAAGACGGAAGGCUCUGACCUGUGCGACAAAGUGAGCGAAAUGCAGAAACUGGAUGCGCAGGUCAAGGAGCUGGUACUGAAGUCAGCGGUGGAAGCUGAGCGGCUGGUGGCUGGCAAACUCAAGAAAGACACGUACAUCGAGAAUGAGAAGCUCAUCUCUGGAAAGCGACAGGAGCUGGUCACCAAGAUCGACCACAUCCUGGAUGCUCUGUAGCCCCUGCUAGUUGUCCUCAGUGGGCCCAGGGUGCUGCACUUUCAGAUGGCAGGUGGGGGUGGUGGUGAUGGUGAACAUCGGGUCAGUAUUUUGCAAAAGGCCUUCAAGGAAAAGAAACCAGGCCCUGCCUCAGGCAACACAAAGAGCUUUGUUUUUGUCCCUAAAGGGUUCCUUUUUUAAAGAAAUCUUAAAUCUCAUUAAAAACAAAAUAUCUUUGUGUUUUAAACAAAGAAAUGUUCCAUAGUUGAUUGGUUUUGUUUUGUUCUGAAGCCUAGGAUAUUCUUUCAGCCUGUAAGCCCCUUGUUUUAUGCCCUUCUAAUCCCUAGUGUUUGGGUAUUUUGCAAGUAUGUGUGUGUGUUUUAAAGUGUGUGUGACCAAAUGAGAAUAAAGCAGGGACCGUGAA